GUGGGAGGAUGGUGUAGAUGGUUGGCGGCUACACCUGCGGCUUGCUCGAUGGAGACUUUGUCACCGUCGCCGCAGCAAGCGUAGGUUCGAAUCCUGCUCCUCUCUUAACUUUCGCCUUUAACGCUGUAGAAUUUUCGUUGCUAGAUAAGGAUCCUUCUUUAAAAAGGCAAAGAUAGACAUGCAGAUUAACAUAAUAAGGGGUAGCGACCCGCUCCUUACAUAAUGUAGCUUUAAA